AUGGUUAAGAGUGCAUUAAAGGGUUCUACGAACACUAUAGAUGCCCCUGCUAGCAGUACUGCCGUUAGUUCGAAGAAUACUACGCAAUUCAGAAUAAUUGUCGGGUCCUAUGAACAUAAUUUGCUCUGUCUCUCUUUAGCAUUCCACAAGGCGCAACCUAUCUUCCAGCCCAUCUUCCAUUUCCAAGCGCAUGCGCUCUCCAUUAAGUCUAUAGAUUUGGCCAGAAGGUACUUGGUAACCGGUUCCAACGAUGAGCAUAUAAGAAUUUACGAUUUACAGAAGAGAAAGGAGUUGGGUACCUUGUUGGAUCACCAGGGUACCGUCACCACGUUGAAGUUCUCUGAGGAAGAUUCCGACAGCAAGAUUAACAGCACAGAGAAGUCUGGUAGAUGGCUCUUAUCUGGGUCUGAAGACGGAAAGAUCAUAAUAUGGAGAACCAAAGACUGGGAGCCAUUCGGUGUCUUGAAGGGCCACACAGACAAGAUCAAUGACAUUGCCAUUCAUCCUACCGGUAGAGUUGCCAUUUCCGUUUCUAAGGAUCAGACGAUUAGGCUUUGGAACUUAAUGACCGCCAAGAAGGCGGCAGUGUUGAAGAUCAGAGGUAAGGAUCAUUUGGGCCAAGCAGGAGAGUUUGUGAGAUGGUCCCAUGACGGGAAGUACUUCCUUGUGGGGCUCUUGGAUCAGCUCUUGGUGUACCAAACUGACAGUGCCAAGAUCUGGAAGAAGAUCAAGUUCGACUCCACUUUAAUGAGCAUACAAGUGGUUGAAUUCAACAGCAAGAAGUGGUUUAUCACCGGCCACGGCAACGGUAAGAUCAAUUUCUACGAGAUGGAUGCUAUCUUGAAGGCACCAGAGGUGAACUCCAACGACGAGGACAAGAUCUGGGAAACAAAGCCCGAGACCUUGGAGCCCAGCUUCACGUUAUUGGGGCACACAAACCGUAUAAAAGACCUCAGGUUAUUCCAACAUCCUACGGCUACACAGGCAGUUCCAUACCUCAUAUCUGUUCUGUCAGAUGGGAAGAUUAUUGUUUGGGAUGUGACCGAAUCUGUGAGAGAUCAAGUUGCAGUGUACGAUACGGGGGAAAGAUUGAACUGUGUGGUUGCAUGUCCAGAGCAGAUCGAGAAAUUGGAUACAAUGAAGAGAAGAAUGGAAGAAAUCAACGAGAGCAACGUGGAUGAUUUGAGUGGGUCUGAGUACGAGACUGACGGUGAAGAGAUUAAGAACAUUAUGAAGGGGAACAAGAAGAAGAAGAAGAACAGCAAGAAGAAUAAGAAGACGAAGGUCAGUGUUACUCUUGAAUAG